GCGGCGGCCAUGGCGAACCGGACGGUGAAGGAUGCGCACAGCAUCCACGGCACCAACCCGCAGUACCUGGUGGAGAAGAUCAUCCGCACCCGCAUCUACGAGUCCAAGUACUGGAAGGAGGAGUGCUUCGGCCUGACGGCCGAGCUGGUGGUGGACAAGGCCAUGGAGCUGAAGUACGUAGGAGGCGUCUAUGGCGGGAACAUUAAGCCUACCCCCUUCUUGUGUCUGACGCUGAAGAUGCUGCAAAUCCAGCCCGAAAAGGACAUAAUCGUGGAAUUCAUAAAGAACGAGGACUUCAAGUACGUCCGGAUGCUGGGUGCAUUGUACAUGAGGCUGACAGGCACGGCCAUCGACUGCUACAAGUACCUCGAGCCACUCUACAAUGACUACCGCAAGAUCAAAAGCCAGAACAGAAAUGGGGAAUUUGAACUGAUGCACGUGGAUGAAUUUAUUGAUGAGCUCCUCCAUGAGGAACGUGUGUGCGAUAUCAUUCUGCCUCGACUGCAGAAACGAUACGUCCUGGAGGAAGCUGAGCAGCUCGAGCCCCGUGUUAGUGCUUUGGAAGAAGACAUGGAUGAUGUAGAAUCUAGUGAGGAGGAGGAAGAGGAAGAUGAGAAGCUGGAACGAGCGCCCUCUCCCGACCACCGCAGAAGAGGCUACCGUGACCUCGACAAACCUCGGCGGUCCCCGGCCGUGCGGUACCGGCGGAGCCGCAGCAGGUCUCCCAGAAGGCGAAGCCGCUCUCCCAAGAGAAGGAGCCCUUCCCCACGCCGCGAGAGGCACCGCAGCAAAAGCCCCAGGAGACAUCGCAGCAGGUCCCGGGAGAGGCGCCACAGGUCCCGAUCCAAAUCUCCAGGACAUCACCGCAGCCACAGACACAGAAGUCAUUCCAAGUCACCUGAAAGAUCUAAGAAGAGCCAUAAGAAGAGCCGGAGAGGGAAUGAGUAACAAAUGCAGUCUAGCACACAGCCUUGAACUGCAGGCCAGUGCUGUCCUCUGGGCUUUACAGGGCAGCUGCAUCUGUACUGGCUGCUGUUGCAGUCCACUUCUUCAGUCCUUUUCCUCUUGUCCAAGUUUUGUUUGUUUGUCAUUUUGAAUGACAGUGGGAGCUAAGGAUACUUCUUUUUUGUAGGUAUUUACUCAGCCUUGUGAUAGAAUUUGAGGACUGUUUUUAAAUUGUUUUUCUGUAAAAACUAGUGAAGAGCAAU